GUUUAACGGACGCACACACACUCGCCUCUCCUACUGCUGGAACAUUACAAGCGCGCGACUGUUGUUGUUUUAUAUUGUUUAUUUUCGUUUACCGAACGAUCGCGUGCUGCACGGAGUAACGGUCGCCGCGCUCAGGAGCUCAGCGUUGAUCUUGACGAGGUUUGUUCAGCUGAAGUUUCGGAGUAAAAACUCAGUCAGACGAGAGCAGGGAGGACACAACAACCCUGUCACGAUGCUUAUUUGACAAAUGCCUGAGGGCCAAUAAGGCGAGCUGGUGAUGAUGAAGAUGACGAGUGAGCUCUGCCAUAGUGUCUGAUGGUUUGGUAAUAAUGGAUGUCCCCAAUGGCCAGCCCAGCAUCUCCACCUUCACGACCCCAGCAUCAGAGAGGAGCAGCAGUUCAGAGUCCCUCAGUGAAAAGGGCCCUUCAGAGCUCAAGAGUUUUGAUGCUGUGGUCUUCGACGUGCUGAAGGUCACACCCGAGGAAUAUGCAGGUCAGAUCACUCUUAUGGACGCUCCAGUGUUCAAAGCCAUCCAACCUGAGGAGCUAUCAAGUUGUGGCUGGAACAAGAAGGAGAAGCACAGUUCAUCACCAAAUGCCGUAGCCUUCACACGACGCUUCAACCAGGUGAGUUUCUGGGUGGUGAGGGAGAUUCUUCAUGCACAAACUUUAAAGAUCAGAGCUGAAGUAUUGAGUCUCUACAUCAGAACAGCAAAGAAACUGUGUGACAUGAACAGUCUCCAUGCGGUGAUGGCGGUGGUCUCUGCAUUACAAAGCGCUCCUAUCUUUAGACUCAAUAAGACCUGGGCACUUUUGAGUCGAAAGGACAAGGCCACGUUUGAAAGGUUGGAGUAUCUGAUGUCUAAAGAAGACAACUACAAACGCUUGAGAGAUUAUAUCAGCAGCCAGAGCAUGACAUCCUGCAUCCCAUAUCUCGGUAUCUAUCUAUCUGACCUAACCUACAUUGAUUCAGCAUAUCCCUCCACCGGCAGCAUCCUAGAAAAUGAGCAGCGCUCAAACCUCAUGAACAACAUACUGAGAAUCAUCUCAGACCUGCAGCGAUCCUGUGAAUAUGAUAUCCCAGUAUUGGUGCAUGUGCAGAAGUAUCUAAAUUCCGUUCGCUACAUUGAGGAGCUACAGAAGUUUGUUGAGGAUGACAAUUAUAAGUUGUCUCUGAAGAUUGAGCCACCAGCUACCAGCACACCUCGCACCACUGCCUCUAGAGAAGAUCUCACUGGUCCAGACACAUCUGCAUCACCGUUAUGUGGACGUCGAGGUAAUCUUGCUGAGGGUGCCCUGCCUAAGGUCCCACCCACGCCACCCUCACCCCGAAACCUCAUCACCUAUGGACACAGGAAGUGCCACAGCCUCGGCUACAAUUUUAUUCACAAAACAAACACAGCUGAUUUUAAAAGUGCAACGUUCCCCAACGCUGGGUCUAGACACCUGCUAGAUGACAGCGUGCUGGAAAGUCACACACCCACUCGAGGGCACGCAGAGAGCUCAACGUUAUCGAGCGGCAUUUCACUGGGAAGCAGUGAAGGAUCGGAGCUCAGUGAGGAGAUGUCUUGGCCUGCUUUUGAGAGGACUCGAUUCUAUCACUCUCUGGGCCCAGUCAGCAGAGUGGGUCGCAUGUCCUACAGAGGAGCACUCAGACCCAGCAGCUCUGCUGAGUCUGAGGAGCUGGCGGUGCAUCUGUACCCAGGGGCCGUCACAGUUCAGGGGGUCCUACGCAGAAAAACUAUCCUCAAAGAGGGAAAGAAACCCACGGUGGCAGCGUGGACCAAGUACUGGGUGGCUCUUGGCGGUACUCAUCUUUACUACUAUACUGCCAAGUCCCUCAAAGCCACAGAGAGGAAGCAUUUUAAGUCUACUGCCAGCAAAACUAUUCCCGUUGUGGGCUUAAUGACCAUGAUGGCAGAUGACCCGGAGCAUCCCGAUGUCUUCCUGCUGACCGACUCUGAGCACGGAAACUCGUAUAAGUUCCAGGCGGGGAACAGAAUGAACGCUUUACUGUGGUUCAAACAUUUGAGCGCGGCAUGUCAAAGCAACAGGCAACAGGUCCCAGCAAAUCUAAUGUCCUUUGAAUGAGUGAGACCAGGACCAAUCAAGGACACGGAGAGCUGAUAAACGGCUGGAUGAAUAAGAGCAGAGGAAUAUGAGGAUUAGCAGGGGGAGGUGGAGAGGCCUGAGACGAAUAAAAGAGCUAAAGACUCUCAUGUUUUAUGUGUUGGAGCUUUUCCACUGCCAUCACCCAGCCUGAGCCCCUCAGAAAGCUCUCUAACACCACUGCCUUAACAAGCAGAAUACGUGUAUGUGUGUGUGUGUGUGUGUGUGUGUGUGUGUGUGUGUGUGUGUGUGUGUGUGUGUGUGUGUGUGUGUGUGUGUGUGUGUGUGUGCGUGUGUGUGUGAAAGAGAUGGAUUUCCCUAGCAGCAGUGUUUUCCUCUCCACUGGCAUCUCAGAGGACCUCAUUCAUUUUAGGUUUUUAUUUACACUUCCUCCAUCAUCCAGAGUGAGGAACUCUCAUGAGAGCAUUCCUGUAACUGUGAGACCCUCAGUCUUGGAUUCUUCAUAGACCUCUCGCCACUGUUUUUUUUUUGUCUGAUCAACACUUCCUUCUCUAAAACUUUCAGCUGUUGGAAAUCUCUGCAGAUGCCCAACCCAACAUGCGGACACGUAACGGCACAAUCGAUGCCGAUUGUCUAUUUGCACACUUGAGUUAGACUCACGUAAGCAUGACACAAGCAGGAAAUGAAAGUCCCUCGCUUAUUAAAAUGCGAUUUUGAACCAGAAAAGGGCUCAGAUUUUCAAUGAAUUCCAGAUGAAAGGAAACCGCUUUCUUUAUUAAUUUCCAUGAUUGUCGUCUUCAGAGUUUUUCCUACCAACGUCUGUGAUCUUUUAUGGAUUCUGUUACCUCCUUUAUGUCAUUUUGCUGAAAGGCACCUGAAAUUUACCAAACGAUGAGGGGUAGCAAGAAGAGAAAAGGAAGUGCUCGCCACGAUGAGAUGUUUGAAGGCACUCUCCAGGGCACCAAUGUCAUGUCAGGAUCUUCACAGCACGAGUAAACUCAUCCAACUUCAAAGAAUCUGAAAGAAGCCCACCGGUUUACCCGAGUUCAAACAUCUACCCUUUUCUGAUUUUGUCCGUGAGGAGAUGCGUACAUACACAAACACACUUUUAAAGUCACUUGAAAGCUGUGAAUGUUAAUGGGUGCGACACAGUCAGUAGGUUUACAUCUCCAAAAUUGUAUCCAAAAUGGUUUCGUUUUUCCAGUGUAUGAAUGCUUCUCUAUUUGAAAUAGUGGGGACGGUGGGUGAAUAAGCAGGUGGUGUGUGUAUGUGUGUUAGCAGCAUUAAUAUCCCACACUGCCAGUGUGGAACAUUUUGUUAUUGAUUUUGUUUUAUUAUUUUGCUUAAAUGUGGUUUCGCUUCAUUUUAUUAUAUUUUAUUAUUUUAUUUCAGUAUUACUGGGAUAGUUGCACAUGUCUAGAUUAUUUUAAUUGUCUGUUACAUUAACGUUUCAUUCAUUUGUCUUGUCAUAUUCAUUUUGAAAGUAACACCUCACCCCGGCAUGAUUUUAAAACGGUGUGGACGUUUCCUUUCAUUGUUUGCUCUCGUGAGAGAACAGUUGAUGGGCGGUUUGACACACAUUUGUUCGCUUUCAGGUCACUCGACCCAAAUUGUGUAUACCUGUAUGUAUGUUUGCUUUAGCUCUAUUCAUUACUGGGAGAACAACUGAAUAGCAUUACUGUUCGGCAGAGGACCACUUAUAAGAAGUUUUGUCUACAGGGCCAGGAUGUUCGAUAAGAUUGGGUCCAUCAUUUUUUUUUUCCUUCAAACCAGUUUCUUUGGGAUUUCAUGGACCUGUGUUUUUUUUUAAGCUUGACUCUGGAAAUAAUUCCAGGUUCAAAUUUCUGUUUCCAACAUACUGUGAGCAAGAACGAUCUUGGGCAUUAAAGGACAAGAAUCCAAUUUUGCCUAAAUGAUUGCAAGACACUUUUUUUCAAAGUGUAAAAGUUCUGUGGUGUCGUCGUUUCACUGGUUUUUACAAAACAGAAUUAACUUGAAAUUAAUAGAUGAGAAGACAAGAUGAUUGAAAAAAAAAUGGUUUAUAAUCGGAUUUGUGUGCGUUGGCCAUGAAUUUGUUGAUAAAGAUUACAAUGCUUGGUUAUUUUCAACCCAGUGUUGGGUCAAAAAUGAUUUCUGGAUUAAUUUAAGCCAAAUGCUAUAGGUUUGUCCCUUUUUGACCCAGUGCUGGAUUUUUAAAAAAGCAUUUUUCGAGUGUUUCAGCAUAUCCAUUUCUUUUCAUCAUUUGCUGCGGUUUUGCAUGGGACACGGGCGGUUGUGAAAUUAGGGAGGAGGGAGAUGAUUUGAUUCUGAGGUAGAAGAAAAGAAAGGGUUUCUUUUCAUAUUUCUAAAACAAUAUUUUUGUAAUGACACUUUUUAUGGUGUCUCUAAUCUAAAGCAAGACUAAUGCAUUUAAUAUAAGGUUGUGUGUGUGUGUAUAGCACAGGCAAUACUGAAACAUUAAGAAAUGCUGUUUGUGAGCAGUUCAAGUAAUCUGGGGUAGUUUUUGUUUACAUACAUUUGUAUUGUACUGAGCCUUUAAUGUCAGGUAUUAGCACUUUGGGAUGCGAGAAAGAAUUCUGGGAGAAGGGUUUAGCUCAGCUGCCUGUAAGAGACAAAUUUAAAGAAAUUAGUGUUUUCCAGGUUUAAAAAAAACUGUGAAAGUGAAUCAAAUCGAGACACGUUUAAUUGGAAACUUUAUGUUGGUUAAUCGUUUACAUGGUUCAUGGAUGUCGGAGGAAUUUUUGGAUUAAUUGCGAUGCCCGAGGGCUGGUUUGCCAGAUCUUAGCGGUUACGUUGGCACAGGGAGGUUUGUUUCUAGGUUGUACCUAAAGCUGCGUGACCAUGCAGUCACACACACACACACACAAGGAGUAAAUGAGAAGUUAGGUAUAUUUUUAUUAUGUAAUAAUGAUUGGUAGAGUGCCUGUGUACUCAUAAACAUCACAUCAGACAUUUUACUGAUAUGAUUUAUGCAUCUUGACAAGUCCCCAACCUUUUUCACAGGGGCAAAAUAAAUUACAAUGCUACUCUUCCGUCAUUGCAAAUUUCAUUCUUUUGAAAUGUUUUUUUUUUUACUUUUGGGGUGACUGUUGGUGUUAAAGAAUAGUUUGAGGGGGAUACAAUAAUCUGAUCAGGUUUUACCCUUGGGUUAUUCUCCUGUUUAACUGUUUUCCACACUACAUCUCUGUUGCAUUCUGUCUCUGAUAUUGAUAUUGUUUUUUUAAAACUGUCUAGACAUUUGUUUUAUAGAGAUUAAUUUCUUAUUACUAUAACUGUUUUGGGCAGAUAAAGUUUUUCAAUGGGAUAGUGUUACUUUUGUUGCUAAUAUUGCAAUUUGUUUCAUUCUUCUGUAUCUCCAAACACAAUACACCAUGCAAUUUUAUUGUCUUUUUCAUACAGUUCACAUACAAACACAAGUACACACACCUGAGAUGUUGAGAUAUGGACUCUGCAUCCUCCCUGCAGGCUUUUUCACCUUGAGCUCCACUGCAUCACUUUGUUUAAGUGAUGGUGUAUUACAAAGAACUGAUAUUGAUUUGUAAUGAGAUGAUUUUAUUUGUGUGUGCGUGCGUGUGUCUCACUCUGUGCCAUCCUGUUUCACCUGCUCUUACCCACUUUAUAUUUAUCCUGUCCAAGCCCAUGACCACUGGGGCUGUUGACCCAUGACAGCGCUAUGACCUUUGACCUGAGUGAUGCGCUCCAGGGUCUCAGGCAGGCCAAAAUGAACUAAUAAACACUUUUGGUUGUAUGUUUUUUAA